AAAUCGAGAGACAGAGAGAAAGAGAAGUCAGAUAUGGCGGCAACACCGGCGACGAAGUGGCGUGAUAUCGAUGAUCUUCCUAAGAUUCCGGCAAACUACACGGCGUUGACGCCGCUUUGGUUCCUUGAUAGGGCUGCGAUGGUUCAUCCGAUGAGAAAAUCGGUGAUUCACGGAUCCCGAGAGUACACGUGGCGACAGACUUAUGACCGGUGUCGCCGUCUCGCCUCCGCUCUUGCCGAUCGAUCAAUCGGCCCCGGUUCCACGGUGGCUAUCAUUGCACCUAACAUUCCAGCAAUGUACGAAGCUCAUUUCGGAGUACCAAUGUGUGGAGCUGUUCUGAAUUGUGUCAACAUCCGUCUCAAUGCCCCAACAGUUGCUUUUCUUCUUAGUCACUCGCAGAGCUCUGUUAUAAUGGUGGAUCAAGAGUUAUUUACUCUGGCAGAGGAAUCUUUGAGACUUAUGGAGGAGAAAGCCGGAAGCAGUUUCAAACGCCCACUUUUGAUUGUCAUAGGUGAUCACACCUGUCCUCCUGAGUCACUUAACAUUGCUUUGUCGAAAGGAGCAGUCGAAUACGAGGAUUUUCUGGCAACUGGUGACCCUAAUUAUCCGUGGCAGCCACCAGCUGAUGAGUGGCAGAGCAUCGCUCUUGGUUACACCUCGGGAACAACCGCUAGCCCGAAAGGAGUGGUGCUUCAUCAUCGAGGCGCAUACAUAAUGGCUUUGAGCAAUCCUCUCAUUUGGGGGAUGCAAGAAGGUUCUGUUUACUUGUGGACUCUCCCGAUGUUCCAUUGCAACGGUUGGUGUUUCCCUUGGUCCCUUGCUGUGCUCUCCGGUACAAGUAUCUGUCUCCGUCAGGUCUCUGCAAAGGAAGUUUAUUCAAAAAUAGUCAAAUACAAGGUAACCCAUUUCUGUGCAGCGCCUGUGGUCCUCAACACUAUUGUCAAUGCUCCUAAGGAAGACACUAUCCUUCCUCUUCCCCAUACAGUCCAUGUCAUGACCGCAGGAGCUGCUCCUCCACCUUCUGUUCUCUUCUCCAUGAACCAGAAGGGCUUCCGAGUCGCUCACACCUAUGGGCUUUCUGAGACUUAUGGUCCUUCCACCAUAUGCGCUUGGAAACCCGAGUGGGAUUCCCUCCCUCCUGAGACGCAGGCCAAACUCAAUGCCCGCCAAGGUGUCCGCUAUACAGGCAUGGAGCAGCUUGACGUCAUUGACACUCAGACCGGAAAACCUGUCCCCGCAGAUGGAAAAACUGCUGGAGAGAUUGUUUUCCGAGGGAAUAUGGUGAUGAAAGGCUAUCUAAAGAAUCCAGAAGCGAACAAAGAGACGUUUGCUGGCGGGUGGUUCCACUCGGGAGAUAUUGCAGUGAAACAUCCAGACAACUAUAUCGAGAUCAAGGACAGGUCAAAGGACGUUAUAAUCUCUGGUGGUGAAAAUAUCAGCAGUGUCGAAGUCGAAAACGUAGUGUACCAUCACCCAGCUGUUCUUGAAGCCUCUGUUGUGGCCAGGCCAGACGAGCGGUGGCAAGAAUCUCCUUGUGCGUUUGUGACACUUAAGAGCGGUUACGAGAAGCAAGACCAGAAUAAGUUGGCUCAAGAUAUAAUGAGAUUCUGCCGGGAGAAGCUUCCGGCAUAUUGGGUCCCAAAGUCGGUGGUGUUUGGGCCGUUACCAAAGACAGCAACUGGAAAAAUUCAGAAGCAUAUUCUGAGGACUAAGGCCAAAGAGAUGGGACCAGUACCAAGAAGCAGAUUAUAGGAAGUGAAAAGCUUAAAGACAUCAUUAUGAAAAUAAUGUGUUGUAUGUUUUGUGGAACUUUGCCUUGUGUAAAACUUUUAAAUGAUAACAGAAAAUUUUCAUUUUUUUGGUCAACGCUUUCAUUUUGUUCAUAAAUCGUUUACUCUUGA